AUGUUGCAGCAACCUGCGGCGUGCGCAGCACGAGUUUGCCUGGGAGGCAAUCUUUCUCGCAGAUGCGCAAUUCCUGUGUGGAAGCAAACAUGUCUGAUCUAUCGAUUCCCGAAUCUGCGGUCACUUCACUCCGGUCCAGAUCUCCAGAAGAGCAUACCCGCAGGCCGCAGAGCGUCGUUGCGACAGCUUCUUUUCACCCACCAAGCUCGUUCCGUGUCCGGAAAACCUCUGCCGCAAAGACGAUCUUGGAUCCUUAACUUUGUCUAUCGAUCAGCAACGUGGCUGGGAGGGUCAAUACUCUUCAUCGGAAUCGGCGUGGUUGGGUUCUUUCUCUACGAUGCGUCUACCUACCGAGAGGACCUAUCCUUUAGGGACAUUCAAGUGUCCGAGAGAGCACUACGCCCACGAACUGGCGGCCCGAAAAACCUCCCAAUUGCAGAGGUACAGAUCGACGAUGACGACUGUUCGGAAAUGAAAAGCCAGAAAGACAAGCCGAAAUUGGUGAUUCUUGGAGGUGGAUGGGGCAGCGUUGCUCUCUUGAAAACACUCAACCCAGAUGAAUACCACGUUACCUUGGUAUCGCCGACCAACUACUUCCUGUUUACGCCAAUGCUACCUUCAGCUACAGUUGGAACUUUAGAAUUCAGGUCUUUGGUGGAACCGAUCAGGCGGAUUGUCACUAGGGUCAAGGGGCAUUUCAUCAGGGCUUCAGCAGAGAAUGUUGAGUUCUCCGAGAAGUUGGUCGAGCUAUCCCAGAAAGACAACAAUGGGAACGAAGUGCGUUUCUAUCUGCCAUAUGACAAGCUAGUUAUUGCGGUCGGGUCAACAACGAAUCCCCACGGAGUCAAGGGAUUGGAGCAUUGUCAUUUCUUGAAGGACAUUGAUGAUGCUCAGAAGAUUAGGAACCACAUUCUCACCAAUUUAGAAUAUGCUUGUCUACCAACGACACCCGAUGAUGAGAGAAAGCGACUUCUUUCCUUUGUUGUUAGCGGUGGUGGACCCACAGGAGUUGAAUUUGCUGCGGAAUUAUUCGAUCUUCUUAAUGAGGAUCUGACUGCACACUUCCCCAAGCUUCUCCGCAAUGAGAUCUCAGUGCAUCUUAUUCAGAGCCGAGGACACAUCUUAAAUACCUACGACGAGGCAGUCUCGAAGUAUGCAGAAGAACGUUUUUCCCGGGAUCAAGUCGAGGUCCUCACAAAUUCCAGAGUUAAGGAGGUUCAAGCAGACAAGAUUCUCUUUACCCAGAAGGAUGAAAAUGGUGAAACUAUUACUAAAGAACUACCCAUGGGAUUCUGCCUUUGGUCUACAGGAGUCUCGCAAACAGAAUUUUGCCAAAAAGUGUCUGCAGCCCUGGGGUCUGCACAGACUAAUCGCCAUGCUCUCGAAACCGACACUCAUCUUCGGUUGAACGGUACACCUUUAGGGGACGUAUACGCCAUCGGUGACUGUUCUACCGUCCAGAACAAUGUCGCCGACCAUCUUGUGACCUUCCUGCGCACACUGGCGUGGGAAAAGGGAAAGGAUCCAGAGACCAUGCACAUCACCUUUGGAGAGUGGCGAGAAGUGGCCCAAAAAGUCCGAAAGCGGUUUCCACAAGCUGCAGACCAUUUAAAGCGACUCGACAAGCUAUUUGCUGCCUAUGACAAGGACCAAUCUGGGACUUUAGACUUUGGGGAGUUGCGCGAACUCCUGAUGCAGAUUGAUAGCAAGCUCACGUCGCUACCCGCCACUGCACAGCGUGCCCAUCAACAGGGCCAGUACCUCGGGCAUAAAUUCAACAAGGUGGCGAGAGCGGCUCCAGGUCUAAGAGUCAAUGAUGUACGGGAUGGCGAUUUAGAUGAAGCUGUGUAUAAAGCCUUUGAGUAUCAUCAUCUGGGAAGCUUAGCUUACAUUGGUAAUUCGGCGGUCUUUGAUCUCGGUAAUGGGUGGAACUUGGCUGGUGGACUAUGGGCUGUUUAUGCGUGGAGAAGUGUGUAUUUUGCGCAGAGUAUCUUAUGA